GGGCAUUCCAUUAAUUCGCCAAAACAAUUAAAAAGAACUGGAAGUUAAAAGUGCAGGGGAGGAGGAGAUUACAAGACUCUGCCUCCCUACGUCUUUAGAAUGUGAUAUGAGAUCGAGAUCACAAGGUUCCCGAUUGAGCGAUCAAGUUUGUUGAAUAAUCUUGUUAUCCAUUUGCAUUCGUGGAGGAGAACUCCAAAAAUCUUUAGAAAAAAAUGGGGGUUAUGUCAAGACGGGUGUUGCCCGUCUGUAGCAACCUCUGUAUAUUCUGCCCUUCAAUGCGAGCAAGGUCGAGACAGCCAGUGAAACGCUAUAAGAAGCUUCUUGCAGAUAUAUUUCCUCGGUCUCAGAAUGCUGAGCCAAAUGAUCGGAAGGUUGGGAAGCUUUGUGAAUAUGCUUGUAAAAAUCCAUUACGAAUGCCCAAGAUCACUGAUUACCUAGAACAGAAGUUUUACAAGGAGUUGCGCCAUAAGCACUUUGUCUCUGUAAAAGCCGUGGUGCUCGUUUAUGGGAAAUUGCCAUCCUCAUGUAAGGAGCAGAUGCCACUCUUUGCCAGUAGUUUGUUGGGAACUGCCCGGACACUUCUAGAACAAACCCAGCAUGAUGAAAUGCAAAUUCUUGGUUGCCAGACUCUUGUAAACUUCAUAAACAAUCAGGUGGACAGUACAUACAUGUUCAACUUAGAAGGCCUCAUUCCCAAACUUUGUGAAUUGGCUCAAGAAGUUGGAGAUGAUGAAAGAGCAUUACGGUUGAGAUCGGCAGGACUUCAAGUUUUGGCUUCCAUGGUGCGAUUUAUGGGGGAGCAGUCUCAUAUUUCUAUGGACUUUGACAAUAUUGUAUCAGUGACCUUGGAGAAUAUGGAGAAAUCAAAUAACCAAGAAAAUGGCAAGUACGGCAGACAAGUUUCUCAAGCACAGGAAAACACACAGGGGAUCGUUAAAGGAGAUGAGCAUGGAUCAUCGUUCUUGGAUGUCAACAAAAUGAUAACAAAUGUUGUUAACUUUAAAACAGAUGUCCCAAUGGGGGAUGCACACAAAAGCCCCUCUUAUUGGUCCAGCGUUUGCUUGCAUAAUAUGGCUCACUUGGCAAAGGAGGGAACAACUGUUCGACGUGUAUUGGAACCUCUUUUCCACAGUUUUGACACUGAAAAGCAUUGGUUUCCUGAUCAAGGGUUGGCUUUUGCUAUAUUAAAGUAUCUGCAGUUGGUGUUGGAGGAAUCAGAUGACAAAGCUCAUCUACUCUUGUCUAUCUUGAUCAAGCACCUGGAUCACAGGGAUGUUGUCAAACAGCCAGUUAUGCAGAUGCACAUUGUGAACGUUGCUACACAAUUGUCUCAGUAUGUAAAGCAGCAGGCCUCAAACACCAUUGUUGGUACAAUAAAUGAUCUCAUCAAACAUUUACGCAAAUGCUUACAGAAUUUAAGUGAACCAUCAAGUCCUAGGGAGGGCUCUGAUAACUGUUAUAUGGAUCUUCAGUGUGCUUUGGAAAACUGUAUCUCAAAUCUUUCACAUAAGGUUGCUGAUGUGGGACCAAUUCUUGAUAUGAUGGCUGUGGUGCUAGAGAAUAUUUCAGUGAGUGCUACUAUAUCUAGACCAACUAUGUCUGCUCUUUAUCGGACUGCACAAGUUAUAAGUUCCAUUCCAAACAUAACCUACUACAAAAAGGCAUUCCCUGAUGCUCUCUUUCAUCACUUGCUCUUAGCAAUGUCACACCCAGAUCAUGAAACACGAGUUAUAGCACAUCGUGUUUUCUCCACUGUGCUUAUGCCAUCCUUAAGUCAGCCUUCAUCAGGCCACAAAGCUCCGUUUUUGUCAUGGCAGAAAGAAAAAUCAGAAACCAUAGAUGAAGGGACAGUGGAGAAAAGAAUUCAUGUUUUCGAACACCAUGGAAAAUAUGCUACAGAAUCUUUAUCUCGUGGUGGCAUCAACCAUUCUUUGCCAGAUGGAAAACCAAUUUCUAGUUCCUUGCGACUCAGCCGCCAUCAAGUGAGCCUUGUGCUUUCAUCAAUCUGGAUUCAGGCGACAUUGGCAGGAAAUGCCCCUGCAAAUUUUGAGGCAAUGGCACAGACAUAUAGCCUUGCUUUAUUGUUUACUUUAUCGAAGAACUCAAAUCAUGUGGCCUUAAUCCGGUGCUUCCAGUUGGCAUUUUCCCUUGGAAACAUCUGCUUGGAUCAACAAGGUGGUCUUCAUCCAUCCCAGAGAAGGUCUCUCUUCACUUUGGCAUCAUACAUGGUUAUUGUUUCUGCAAAGGCAUGCCAUCUUUUGGAGCUGAUUCCUAUUGUUAGAUCAACAUUGACAGAAGAAACGAUGGAUCCUUAUCUUGCAUUGGAUGAAGAUAUGAGGCUGCAGGUAACAAAACCUGGUGAAAAUAACUGCUAUGGAUCACAAAAAGAUGAAGCUGCUGCAGUGGAUGCACUCUCUGCAAUGGAAUUAAAGGAUCAACAGUUGAAAGAAACACUUUUGACCCACUUAAUAUCCAAGCUUGAAAAUUUAUCAGAGGAAGAACAGUUGAAUAUGAAGGCACAAGUUUCACAGGGGUUCUCGCCCGAUGAUGAAUUUCCUUUGGGGGGUCCAUUAUUUAUGGAGACACCACUGCCAUGUUCUCCGGUUGCCCAAACAGAGUUUCAGGCUUUUGAUGAGGUAAUGCCUCAUGCUGACUCAACAGACGAGGAUAUGUUUCAAGACCAAUAUGGAAGCCAUUCAGGUCGCAAAGAUUCACUCUCCAUCAAUUCGCUUGACAUUUUGAGUGUUAACCAGCUGUUGGAAUCGGUACUGGAAACAGCCCGUCAUGUUGCAAGCUUGCCCGUUUCUUCCACUCCUGUAACUUAUGAUCAAGUCAAAGAUCAAUGCGAGGCUCUAGUGACGGGUAAACAGCAGAAGAUGUCCGUGCUUCAGAGUUUUAAGAAGCAACAAGAAGGCAUGACGAUAAUUUUAUCGGGUGAACGUGAAAAACAAACUCCAAUUACAUCAAACACUACAACGGAAGAAGUAAAAGCGUUAACAAACGGAGAGCAACCUGUGAUGCAUGAUCAACUCGUUUCGUGUACAAAAGAAUGCAGUCAACAACAGUCUUUCAGGCUUCCGCCUUCAAGCCCAUACGAUAAGUUUUUGAAGGCUGCUGGAUGUUAACAAGUCGUCAUAUACGCGCAUGAUUUCAAGUUAGAUUUUAAAAACAAUUUUCUCUCAUAAUCUCCAUGUUAUAUAAAAGCAUUUGAUAUUUGUUUGUUUUUCAAAAGUAGAAGAAGAAGGUGUUUUAAUUAUGUUGUAGCGUGUUAUUGUUGAAGAAAAUGUUAUGUAGAUACCGAAUGCUGUGUGUGUUUUUAAGGUUGUGAUUCAUAUUUAUACCAAGUGUAAUUUGUAACAGUUUUCAUCAUUUAUAAAUGUUUGUUACCAACUU